GGGUGUUUGUAGUUAGUGUGGCACAGAUGGGUGUGAGAACUGCUGGCUACCGGGGGUGGGUGUUCUGGUGAUGGGGUGACAGUGGCAUAUGACCCAUGCCUGCACACCCGCCUUCCUGGGCACCGUCCCUCCCCUGGGAGAGACAGGCAGACAGCCCCACUCAUGGGGAGGACCACGAGGCCAGGAGCACCUGCUGGGAGGAAACGUGCCAGUCACAGCACCCGCGCUCAGCUCACAGCCUGCUGGCCUUAAGCAGGCGAGCGCUAAGUCGGAUAAGGAAGGAGGGCGACCAUGCACCAUGGCGGCGGCCCUCAGAGUGUCCCACACCAGCUGCAGAGGUCCCGGGCCUUUGGCGGCAGCGAAGGGGAAGAGCAGCAGGUCCACCCGAACCCGCCGCCGUCCCCCGCCACGCCCUUCGCGCCAUCGGCCAGCCCUUCGGCACCCCAGUCCCCCGGGUACCAGGUUCAGCAGCUCAUGAGUCGGAGCCCCGUGGCUGGGCAGAACGUGAACAUCGCCCUUCAGAAUGUCGGGCCAGUGGUGGGAGGGAGCCCUCAGAUCACGCUGGCCCCUCUGCCGCUGCCCAGCCCCACGUCUCCCGGAUUCCAGUUCAGUGCCCAGCAGAGGCGGUUUGAGCACGGCUCUCCCUCGUACAUCCAGGUCACCUCGCCACUGUCCCAGCAGGUCCAGACGCAGAGCCCCACACAGCCCAGCCCUGGGCCGGGGCCGGGCCUGCAGGGCGUGCGGGCGGGUGCCCCCGGCCCCGGCCUGGGCCUCUGCAGCAGCAGCCCCACUGGGGGCUUCGUGGAUGCCAGCGUGCUGGUGAGGCAGAUCAGCCUGAGCCCGUCCGGCGGCGGCCAUUUCGUGUUCCAGGAGGGCUCGGGCCUGGCACAGGUGGCCCAGGGCGCCCAGGUCCCGCUGCAGCACGCAGGCGCGCCCGUCACUGUCAGGGAACGGAGACUCUCGCAGCCUCACGCACAACCCGGGGGCACCGUCCACCACCUGGGACCCCAGAGCCCUGCGGCUGCGGGCGGGGCCAGCCUGCAGCCCCUGUCCAGCCCCGGCCACAUCACCACGGCGAGCUUGCCGCCCCAGAUCAGCAGCAUCAUCCAGGGGCAGCUGAUCCAGCAGCAGCAGGUGCUGCAGGGGCCGCCGCUGACCAGACCUCUGCUCCCUGGGGUCGGGGUCGGGGUCGGGGGGGCCUCAGCGUUUGGGAUGACGUCCCCACCGCCCCCAACCAGCCCUUCCAGGACUGCGGUGCCCCCGGGCCUCUCCAGCCUUCCUCUCCCGUCUGCGGGGAGUGCUGGGGUGAGAAGGGCUCCCAGGAAGCUGGAGGAGAUCCCCCCGGCCUCCCAGGAGCUGGCUCAGAUGCGGAAGCAGUGCCUGGACUACCACUACCGAGAGAUGGAGGCGCUGAAGGAGGCCUUCAAGGAAUAUCUCAUCGAACUGUUCUUCUUGCAACACCUUCAAGGGAACAUGAUGGAUUUCUUAGCUUUUAAGAAGAAGCAUUAUGCCCCGUUACAAGCUUACCUUAGGCAGAAUGAUUUGGACCUGGAGGAAGAGGAGGAGGAGGAGGAGGAGGAGGAAGAGGAAGAGAAGUCUGAGGUUAUCAAUGAUGAGGUAAAGGUUGUGACAGGAAAGGAUGGGCAGACUGGUACUCCUGUUGCUAUAGCAACCCAGCUUCCUCCAAAUGUUUCUGCUGCUUUUUCAUCCCAGCAGCAACCAUUUCAGCAGCAAGCCCUAGCAGGGACCCUGGUGGCAGGGGCCGGAAAUGCGAUAGAAACGGACCCCUUUAAGAGGCAGCAGGCGGGACCCCCGUCAGAGCAGUCUAAGAGACCUCGACUUGAAGUGGGUCACCAAGGGGUAGUUUUCCAGCACCCAGGGGUGAACACAGGAGUUCCUCUUCAGCAGUUAAUGCCGACAGCUCAAGGAGGAAUGCCGCCUGCCCCGCAGGCCGCUCAGCUCGCCGGCCAGAAGCCGAGCCAGCAGCAGUACGACCCAUCCACGGGGCCGCCGGUGCAGAACGCCGCCAGCCUGCACACGCCGCCGCCGCAGCUCCCGGGCCGGCUGCCCCCCGCCAGUCUCCCUGCCGCGCCCCUCCCGUCAGCGCUGCAGUUCUCACAGCAGCCACCGGUGGUGGAGCCGCAGACCCAGCUCCAGGUCCCUGUGAAGACGCAGCCGCCAAGUGCCCCGGUCCCUGCUGCACCGCCCGGCCAGCUGCCCGCUCCCCCGCCGGUGCAGCCGGCCCUCCACGUCCCGGUGCCUGGGAAGGUGCAGAUGCAGGCCCCGCCACUUUCGGCCCAGUCACAGCCAGUGGCGCCAACACGACCCUCUGUGGACCCCGCCCAGCCCGGUCAGCGGCCCUCGGCCUCCUCAUCUACCUCAUCUGUUGCUCCUGCAAGCGGCCCGGGCCCAUCGCCUGCACGGGCCUCCCCGGUGAAUAGACCCUCCUCAGCAGCCAACAAGUCACUCUCUCCAGUCACCUCCCGGUCCCCGGGGGCAGCUGUGUCGGCGCCCCCAAAACCGCAGAGCCCAGCUCAGAAUGCCGCCCCGCCCCAGGACAGUUCUCAGGACAAGCUCGCAGAACAGAUAGCACUGGAAAACCAGAUCCAUCAGCGAAUUGCAGAUUUAAGGAAAGAAGGCCUAUGGUCCCUCAGACGGCUGCCGAAACUGCAGGAGGCGCCCCGUCCCAAAUCGCACUGGGAUUAUCUGCUGGAGGAGAUGCAGUGGAUGGCCACAGACUUCGCCCAGGAGAGGAGGUGGAAGGUGGCCGCUGCCAAGAAGCUCGUGAGGACCGUGGCGCGCCGGCUGGAGGAGCAGCAGCUCCGGGAGGAGCGCGGGCGCAGGGAGGCGCAGAGCCGCCUGAGGCGCAUCGCCGCGUCGGCGGCUCGCGAGAUAGAGCACUUCUGGUGGAACAUCGAGCAGGUUGUGGAAAUAAAACUACAAGUAGAAUUAGAAGAAAAAAGGAAAAAGGCCUUAAAUUUACAGAAAGGAUCCAGAAGAGGGAAAGAACUGAGACCUCAGGGACUCGAUGUGUCACUGGACAGCUUCCUGGAUCCGGGAACAUCCGGGAGGAAAAGAAAAGCCAGCAUGUCACUGACGGAUGAUGAAGUGGAAGACGAGGAGGAGACGAUCGAGGAGGAGGAGGCGAACGAGGGGGCUGUGGAUCACCAGGCCGAGCUGUCUGACCUAGCCAAGGAAGCUGAGUUGCCCUUAAUUGACCUCAUGAAGCUGUAUGAAGGUGCCUUUCUGCCAAACCUCCAGUGGCCCCAGCCUAAACCUGACAGUGCGGAGACCAGUGAAGAAGAAGAAGCGGAAGCCUGCUCAGGCGACCGGGAGAGCCGGAAGGGCGUGGUUCUCAUCGACUCUUUGUUCAUCAUGGACCAGUUCAAAGCCGCUGAGAGAGUGAACGUUGGGAAGCCUCACACGAAGGACAUCGCGGAAGUGACUGCUGUGGCUGAAGCCAUCCUGCCCAAGGGCAGUGCCCGGAUCAGCACCGCGGCGAAGCUGAGCGCCCCGGCCCUGUUGUACGGCGCGCUCCGGGACUACCAGAAGAUCGGCCUGGACUGGCUGGCCAAGCUCUACCGGAAGAAUCUCAACGGCAUCCUGGCUGACGACGCCGGGCUGGGCAAAACCGUGCAGAUCAUUGCUUUCUUUGCCCACCUUGCUUGUAACGAAGGCAACUGGGGCCCUCACCUGGUGGUGGCGCGGAGCUGUAACAUCCUCAAGUGGGAGCUCGAGCUGAAGCGCUGGUGUCCCGGGCUGAAGGCGCUCCUGUACGCGGGCAGCCGCGGGGAGCUCAGGGCCAAGAGACAGGAGUGGAGCGAGCCCAACAGCUUCCACGUCUGCAUCACGUCCUACAAGCAGUUCUUCAGGGGCCGCGCGGCCUUCUCUCGGCUGCGGUGGAGGUGCCUGGUGGUCGACGAGAUGCAGCGCGUCAAGGGCCUGACCGAGCGGCACUGGGGCGCUGUGCUCGCCCUGCACAGUCAGCAGCGCCUGCUCCUCGUGGACGCGCCCCUGCACAACACCUUCCUGGAGCUGUGGACCAUGGUGCACUUCCUCAUCCCGGGCCUGUCCCGGCCCUACCUGCACCUGCCCCUGCGUGCGCCCAGCGAGGAGAACCAGGACUACUACCACAAGGUGGUCAUCCGGCUGCACCGGGUGACACAGCCCUUUAUUUUGAGGAGAACUAAGAGAGACGUGGAGAAGCAGCUGACCAAGAAGUAUGAGCACGUUCUGAAGUGCCGCCUGUCCAGCCGGCAGAAGGCCUUGUACGAGGACGUCAUCCUGCAGCCAGGGACCCAAGAAGCACUGAAGAGCGGGCACUUCGUGGACGUGCUGAGCAUCCUCCUGAGGCUGCAGCGGAUCUGCAACCACCCCGGGCUGGUGGAGCCCCGGCUCCCGGAGUCCUCGUACACGGCAGGACCGCUGCACUACCGCGCCGCCUCCCUGGUCCUGAAGGCGCGGGAUGUGGACUUCUGGAAGGAAGCCGACCUUUCUAUAUUUGAUCUCGUUGGUUUAGAAAAUAAAAUGACUCGCCACGAGGCAGAACUGCUGAGUAAGAAAAAGGUGUCACGGAAACUCUUUGAGGAGCUGUUCGCUGCGCCACCCCCGCCGGGCAGGCCGGCGGCCGUCAGGCUGAAGCCCAGCAGGUUGUUUCAGCCUGUGCAGUACGGUCAGAAGCCCGAGGGGCGCACCGUGGCCUUCCCCAGCGCACACCCGCCCCGGACAGCUGCUGCCGCGGCCACCGCACCACAGGGCCACGUGCGAGGCCGGCCACCCAUCGCCACGUUCUCUGCAAACCCCGAUGCAAAAGCGGCAGCAGCCCCGUUGCAGACCUCUCAGGCCCCUGCUGGUGCGCCGAGACUCCCGCCCGCCGCGACCUGCAGCACCGCGCCUGGCCCGGCCCACCCUGCGAAGCUGCGGGCGCAGACUGCUGCCCAGGCCUCCGCCCCCGGCCCGCCCCCGCCCCCGCCCCAGCCCCCUUCGCUGGCGGCCGGGCAGAGUGCCCUGCCGCAGGGGCUGGUGCUCACCUCGCAGGCCCAGGCGCGCCUGCCCAGUGGGGAGGUCGUCAAAAUAGCCCAGCUGGCGUCCCUCGCGGGCCCGCCGAGCCGAGUGGCCCAGCCGGAGACGCCGGUGACGCUGCAGUUCCAGGGGAACAAGUUCACCCUGUCCCACAGCCAGCUCCGGCAGCUCACGGCUGGCCAGCCCCUGCAGCUCCAAGGCAGCGUCCUUCAGAUCGUGUCCGCUCCCGGGCAGUCCUACCUGCGACCUCCAGGCCCCGUGGUGAUGCAGACCGUGCCCCCGGCGGGGGCCCUGAGCGCCCUGGGAAGCAAGCCCCCUGCCGGCGGCCCCGGCCCCGGCCCUGCGCCCGUGACCCCACCAGUGGGUGUGCCUGGUCGAGUGGCAGUCAACCCCCUGGCUGCAGGAGAACCUGGAGGGGCCUCCAAACCAGCCUCUCCCAUCGGAGGGCCGACCCAGGAGGACAAGACCAGACUUUUGAAAGAACGGCUGGACCAGAUUUACUUUGUCAACGAGCGGCGCUGCUCCCGCGCCCCCGUCUACGGCAGGGAUGUGAUGGGGAUCUGCUCCCUGGCCGGCCGAGCGCCGGGGCCUUGGCUUGGGGCGUCCGGCGGCAGUUGCGGGAAGGGGGCUGGGCCUGCGAGCCGUCACACGUGGCCCUUGAGAAGCCGGAGGGACCUGAUUUUGACGCUGACCCAGCGUCAGGAGACCCUCCAGGACGUCAUCGACAGGGUGGUGUGUGUGAUCCCUCCAGUGGUGGCUGCACCCCCGUGCUUGUGGGUGGCAAGGCCGCCCUCGCUCUACAGCCACAGGGUGAGGCUCUUGAGGCAGGGCCUGAAGGAGCACAUGGCCGCCUAUGCCCAGCAGCUGCAGCAGGUGACGGCCCCGCGCUCGCUGCGCUUUCCUGAGCUGAGACUGGUCCAGUUUGACUCAGGGAAGCUGGAGGCUUUAGCCAUCCUACUCCAGAAGCUGAGAUCUGAAGGACGCCGAGUGCUGAUUUUGUCUCAGAUGGUGCUAAUGUUAGACAUCUUAGAGAUGUUCCUCAACUUCCAUUACCUCACCUACGUGAGGAUCGACGAAAAUGCCAACAGCGAGCAGCGGCAGGAGCUGAUGAGGACCUUCAACCGAGACCGACGGGUCUUCUGCGCCCUCCUCUCCACCCACAGCCGCGCUACGGGUGUGAGCCUGGUGGAGGCGGAUGCGGUGGUCUUCUAUGACCAUGACCUGAACCCGGUGAUGGAUGCCAAGGCCCAGGAGUGGUGUGACCGGAUUGGGAGGCGCAGGGACGUGCACAUUUACAGGCUUGUGAGUGGUAAUUCCAUCGAAGAGAAGUUGCUGAAAAACGGAACCAAAGACUUGAUCCGAGAAGUGGCUGCCCAGGGAAACGACUACUCCACGGCGUUCCUCACGCAGCGGACCAUCCAGGAGCUGUUCGAGAUCUGCUCACCCGUGGACGACACUGGCUUCCCGGUGAAAGCUGAGGAGUUUGUCGUCCUUUCCCAGGAGCCUUCCGUCACGGAAACCAUUGCGCCCAAGAUUGCAAGACCUUUCAUCGAGGCCCUCAAGAGCAUCGAGCACCUGGAGGAAGAUGAGCAGAAGCCCACGGAGGAGGCGGCGCUGGGGUCCUCGGACGCUGCCGGGUCCCAGGGGGACAAGGAGCCGUCGCAGCUGGAGGAGUUGGCUGACUUCAUGGGACAGCUUACACCCAUUGAAAAAUACGCUUUGAAUUACCUGGAGUUAUUCCAUACUUCCAUUGAUCAAGAGAGAGGGAGAAGUAGCGAGGGCACCAUGCUGACCGCGGUGCAGGAGUGGGAGGCCCAGAACGCCAGGACGCUGCGGGAGUGGGAGGCCCAGGCACUGCGCGAGCAGGAGCAGGAGCAGCUCCUCACCUACACGCGGGAGGACGCCUACAGCGCGGAGUACGUGUGUGAAGGUGCCGACGGGCAGACGGAAGUCAUGCCGCUCUGGACCCCGCCCACGCCCCCCCAGGAUGACAACGACAUCUACAUUGACUCGGUCAUGUGUCUCAUGUACGAGACCACGCCCAUCCCAGAGGCCAAGCUGCCACCUGUGUAUGUUCGGAAGGAGCGCCGGCGACACAAGACGGACCCCUCAGCCGCGGGUAGGAAGAAGAAGCAGCGCCACGGGGAGGCGGUGGUGCCCCCGCGGUCGCUGUUCGACCGUGCAACGCCUGGCAUGCUGAAAAUCCGGCGGGAGGGGAAGGAGCAGAAGAAGAACAUCCUGCUGAAGCAGCAGACGCAGUUCGCCAAGCCUCUGCCAACGUUUGCCAAGCCAAGCGCCGAGGCGGGCCCCGACAACCCCGAGUGGCUCAUCAGCGAGGACUGGGCACUGCUGCAGGCCGUGAAGCAGCUCCUAGAGCUGCCGCUGAACCUCACGAUCGUGUCCCCGGCCCACACGCCCAACUGGGACCUUGUCAGUGACGUCGUCAACUCUUGCAGCCGCAUCUACCGCUCCUCCAAGCAGUGCCGGACCCGCUACGAGAGCGUGCUCAUCCCGAGGGAGGAGGGCAGGAGUAAGAACAACCGCCCUCUGCGCACGGGCCAGAUGUACGCCCAGGACGAGAACGCCUCGCACACGCAGCUGUACACGAGCCGCUUCGACCUGAUGAAGAUGACGGCCGGGAAGAGGAGCCCCCCCAUCAAGCCCCUGCUUGGCAUGAAUCCCUUUCAGAAAAACCCCAAGCAUGCCUCCGUGUUGGCAGAAAGCGGAAUCAACUACGACAAACCACUGCCUCCCAUUCAAGUCGCAUCUCUGCGCGCGGAGCGGAUCGCAAAGGAAAAGAAGGCCCUGGCGGAUCAGCAGAAGGCGCAGCAGCCGCCCGUGGCGCCGCCCCCGCCUCCCCCGCCGCAGCCGCAGCCGCCGCCGCCCCAGCAGCCGCCGCCGCCUCUGCCGCAGCCCCAGGCAGCGGGCGGCCAGCAGCCCGCGGGGCCGCCGCCCGUGCAGCCCCAGGCCCCAGCGCAGCCCCCCGCGCAGCCGGCGCAGGCCCCGCCCAAGGUGCCCCCUGCGAUCACGACGGUGGGGAGUGCAGCGGUGCUGCAGGCAGGAGCCAUUAAGACGUCUGUUACAGGGACAAGCAUGCCUACGGGUGCGGUGAGCGGAAACGUGAUUGUGAACACCAUCGCUGGUGUCCCUGCCGCCACCUUCCAGUCCAUUAACAAGCGCCUAGCUUCACCCGUGGCACCUGGAGCCUUGACCACGUCCGGAGGCUCCGCGCCUGCCCAGGUGGUCCACACCCAGCCUCGAGCGGUUGGCUCCCCAGCCACGGCCACGUCGGACCUGGUGUCUCUGGCACCAACUCAGGGCGUUCGCGCAGUGACCUCAGUGACGGCCUCGGCUGUGGUCACGACCAGCCUGACUCCCGUGCAGACCCCGACCCGGUCUCUGGUGACUCAGGUGUCCCAAGCCACAGGGGUCCAGCUUCCCGGAAAAAGCAUCACCCCGGCACACUUCCAGCUCCUCCGGCAGCAGCAGCAGCAGCAGCAGCCGCAGGCGGCCUCGCAGGCGCAGGUCCCGCAGAUGCAGGGCCAGGCCCAGUCGCCCGCGCAGAUCAAAGCCGUAGGCAAGUUGACUCCGGAGCACCUGAUCAAAAUGCAGAAGCAGAAACUGCAGCUGCCCCAGCAGGCGCCCCCGCCGCAGGCCCCCCCAGGGCCGCCGCCGCCGCCGGCACAAGUGCAGGUGCAGCCCCCGCAGCCCGCGCAGCAGCAGAGCCCCCAGCUCACCACGGUCACGGCACCGCGGCCCGGCGCCCUGCUCACGGGCACCACCGUGGCCAACCUCCAGGUGGCCCGGCUUACCCGGGUUCCCACUUCACAGCUGCAGGCGCAGGGGCAGCUGCAGGCCCAGGCGCCCCAGCCGGCGCAGGUGGCGUUGGCGAAGCCCCCGGUGGUGUCUGUGCCCGCAGCCGUGGUCUCCUCGCCGGGCGUCACGACCCUGCCCAUGAACGUCGCGGGCAUCAGCGUGGCCAUCGGGCAGCCGCAGAAAGCCGCAGGGCAGACUGUCGUGGCCCAGCCCGUGCACGUCCAGCAGCUGCUGAAGCUCAAGCAGCAGGCCGUCCAGCAGCAGAAGGCCAUCCAGCCACAAGCGGCCCCAGGCCCGGCCGCCGUCCAGCAGAAGAUCACCGCCCAGCAGAUCGCUGCUCAGGGCCAAGCGCAGAAGGUCACCUAUGCCGCCCAGCCAGCCCUUAAAACCCAGUUUCUCACCACGCCCAUCUCCCAGGCCCAGAAGCUGGCAGGGGCUCAGCAGGUGCAGACGCAGAUCCAGGUCGCGAAACUUCCUCAAGUCAUGCAGCAGCAAACGCCCGUGGCCGGCAUCCAGCAGGCGGCCUCCGCUCCCCAGCAGGCUUCCCCGCAGACCGUGACCCUCACCCAGGCGUCGGCAGCCGGACAGCAGGUCCAGAUGAUCCCCGCGGUGACGGCGACGGCGCAGGUGGUCCAGCAGAAGCUCCUGCAGCAGCAGGUGGUGACCACGGCGGCCCAGCUGCAGACCCCCGGGGUGCCCACCCCGGCCCAGGUGCCAGCCAGCUCCGAGAGCCCCGGCCAGCAGCCCAAGCUCCAGAUGAGAGUCCCUGCCGUCCGGCUGAAGACGCCCACCAAACCUCCCUGCCCCUAGUCGGGAAGGCAGGCGGGGCGGCUCCGGGCGGCCCCUGCGUGUCCCGCCGGCCAGCCAGGACGGGUUCGAUUUUGCUUACUGAACCGUGGGACCGCGUUACCCGAGAGGUCCGGCAGCUGUAGCACUGGUCCUCCGCCAGCGUCCCCUUUCCGGGGUUAUGUGACUGAAAGUGACAGUGACAACUUUUCCUAGAUUGUUUUACGUUUUACUUUCUCCUCCAGAGCAACAGUGCUGGGCCUUGAAAGCCAUGUAGAAUUGCUGUUAGUGCACAGUUCUGCACAUCGCAAGUAGCCAUUUGGAACGUGCAGUGAGUCAUAAAAUGGACUUUGUGAAGCUAAAAUGUGGUCUUUGACAGCGUCUGCCUCUGCUUGGUUCUUUAUACCGAAUCGAAAAUGCGUCAUGGUCCCCGGAGAGGAGAAACUGACGGAGGCAGAUCAUCUCAGAUCAGAGAAAAUCAACGUGGCUUCUUCCCGCGUAAGAUGUGGCUUGUUUGGACUUUUAAAGGAGAUACUCAGUGCUGAUAGGCAUUGAAGCACCUUCGUGACAUGGCCCCACGAAGGGGAAUGACCUGCAUUUGAAUCUUCAUCCCCAAGAGCAGCUGGCCUGGCGUCCCCAGAGUGACCUGUUGCUGGGCGGGCGGGCAGAACCUGGGCCGGCUCCCCGUCCCCGCGCACCCACCGUGUUUCCCGGAUCUCGGAUGCACUUGUGUGUGGACCUUGUGCCCUGAGGCAGCUCCAGAGCUGCUUCAUGAGGCUCCCGUCUGGGGGUGGUUCGGGCCGGGUGAGCGCUGUUCCGUCGAGGGGCGCUGCCGCGGGCGGCGAGGUGGACACUCGGCAAGAGCGGGCCUGCCUGUCCCGCCCCUUUGCUUCCGUGACCCGCGGGAGUGAGGCGCCUCCUUGUGCGGGUGGCUCGUGCACGACAGUGGGCCUGAUAACUCCUCACCCGGACUCGGGCUUCCUGCCUGCCAGGCCCUCCCGUGGGUGGGCGGGCUGCCGCCGGUUCUGAGUGGAGGAAGUGGAGAGCCGCCCGGCCGUCUGGGGCUGCGGGCACAGGGGAGAGCCUGGGUUUGCGGCUGUGUUUCUGUUGUCGCUGCGGCCGGGUGACAAGCUGCUGUGUGGACUUCGCUGGCCGGUGAUGCUUGCUUACCGGGAAGUUUCCGCCCACCCCCUGCGCUGUCUCCAUGCCUCUGGACGAUUUCGGUCCGGGAGGUCAGGUUAUGUUAGGUCUGCGUGUAGUAAGGGUCGGUUCCGGCAUACUGAGAGACUUUAAAUUUAAAUUCUUAAUUUUAGUCAGUCUGUUUCCUCCCUCAUCACAUCACUUGAACAGACGCUAAGGAAAGGGUUCUGUCCCGUGGUUUUUGUUUCUCGUCAGUCUGUGUGGUGGUUGAUGUCUUAGUGAAGCCAACUGGGCAUCUCAUUUCUGAGUUCUCGGUGAGAAAUUUGGAUAAAAGUAAAAAUCAGGUGUUAGAAGAGGAAAGGACUUAACAUUCUGGUUAAUUGAACACAUCAGAACAGAGCACUGCAGUGGGCUUCCUAACUUGCCCAUUGUGGUUGGGCGCGUGCCGCCGUGGGAAGGCCCGGCGUGCGGGACGGCUCUCUGGGCACCAAGGCAAGUUCCUACUCUUUUUGUUUUAAUCCUCAAAUGUGCAGAACUACAAAGGAGCCCUUUCUGCAGCGUAUUUUCACCUGGGCACCCCGCUGCUUUCCCUCUUGGCCUUCGUGGGUGCUGAUGCCUCUCUUCAGACGAUGGGGAGACGCGAGUGCACUUGUAGACUGUCCUAGACGUGGGUGCACGGGAAGAAGUCCUCUGUUAACCUAGAGCCCUAGAAAGGAGUUUAGGAACCUCUCUCAAAAGCUUUCUAAGAGAACAGAGCUGGGGGUUCUGAAUAUUUGCAUUGUGGGGCUCCUGCUCUAUCGUAUUAUGUGAGUGAAAGAAUUGUUUUCUCCAGUGAUUCCCUAACGCAGAAAAAUGGAACCGAAAAUAGUUUACUUGUAUCCCUCAGUAACAUCUAGACGUCACCACUGCCCUUGUAGCCUUCGAUAGUGUCGUUUAAGUAAGGGCCCUCCUCCCAGUGUGCUGUUCUCUUGGCCUUUUGUUUUAAAAGUUAAACUGUCCAUAUUUAAGAAUUAAGUGUGAGUUUAGGAAGUGGUUGUCGGGGCUUUGUCAGAUUAUUCUCGUUAGCAGAAUCGCACGUUACCUAGCGGGACCCUACCUACUGGGCCCCUCCCCAGUCCCGUGGUGACGGCUGGGGGAAUCUGCGGCUCCUAAAACAGAAGGACUGCAGCCAAGACACCGUCAGCCUGAAACUGGCCACCGUGGAGGCGGUCACCUGGGUUUUCUGUGGUUCAGAGAUGUUUGUCCCACGGAGGCCAGUCUUCGAGGACCCGUGGGCGGGAGGUUGGCUUGUGCGCGCGUCACGUCCGACUCCUCCCGGGGCCGAGGCUCCCUUCCCGUCUUCCUGGUGUUCUGUCGGCCGUUGUAACCGGACAGCUGUCACGUUCUAAGGUAUAAACGAGGAAGACUGGACCUGUAAAUACUUUGUAAACAUGACCAUUUGUACUUGAACAGUAGGGUUUUAAAGGGCACUGAUACUCCGCCAAACAAAAGGUGAAUAAAUUGACCUUUUUAUAA